AUGCUUGUGAAGGAAAAUGGACACGUUGCGGAGACUACGGUCAAACCUAAUGGGCGACAGGAGGUGAAGCCGCGCAGAAAGGGUUUCUUCCGGUGGACAAUAGGACUCGUUGUGAGACUUUGCAUCUGGUAUGCCCUCUUAACUCCGUUCCUACAGUGCCCUUCCAAUCUCGCAGAACUCACGGACUCUUCGCCGCGCGUCUGCAAGCCUUACCUGAUCGGUCGUUCGCACAUCGAACCCUAUGUCACGCCAUAUUAUGAUACGUACGCCGCGCCUUACGUUGAGCAGGCUCGCCCCUAUGUCAAGAUCUUCAAUGAACGAGUUUAUGUCCCGACGUCGAAAGUUGCCAAAUCUGGUUAUGAGAAAUACGGUGCGCCGGCAUUUGAACAGGCCCAAAUUUACGGCGCCGAGCAAUGGCGGGUUCAAGUCACACCUCGAGUACAAUCUGUUCGGGAUAAGGUGAACCAACUCUAUCUGGCUGAGGUGGACCCAUAUAUCCAGCGAAGUGUAACUGUGGUCUCCCCGUACUAUCAAAAGGCGAACUCCGCUGCGAUGACUAUCUACUGGGACCAUCUGGUGCCUUUUUACACCCGCUCAAAGCCUUUUAUCGGAAAGACUUAUGCAACAAGUCAGGGAAUUCUAACAACACAUGUUGUGCCCGGUGCGCGCUAUACCUGGUCCUCCGUGGUCUACUUUGCGAACAGCUCGCUAUGGCCUCAUGUCACAGGCCUGUACUCUGAGCAGGUAGAGCCUCAAUUGGUCAAGAUAGGCCAGCGGUUGGCGAGCUACAGAGAAGGCAAGCGCCUUCGUGCUGUUGUGGAGGAAGCUGACAGCACCUCUUCGCUUCAGCCUGUUUACUCUAAGACGACGCAAACCGAGGAGCCAGCUCAGACCACGAGCACUAUUUCUUCCACUUCUACAACCGAAGCCCCUGUUCAACCCACUCUCUCUGCAACAGAGCAAGCGCAGCAAGAUCGUGUCAAGAUUGAGUCGGAUCUUGAGAGAUGGCAGGCCAAGUUCUCUCUCGCAGCUGACAAGGGUAUUGAGGACCUCGAAGAGCGCAUCGAAGAAAUCGUUUCCGCGCUCAUUGCGAGCAGUGCAAAGAGUCACGGCCAGAGCCUUUCUACUGCGCUUCAAUCAGUAUCUGCCGAACAAAUUUCUUCCAUCAAAAGCCGUAUCAACGCCCUGGCGGAAUCAAUGCCAGAGGAGGAUGCCCCUGAGGUUGAGGAGUCGACAGGUGAUCAGCUGGUCAAAGAAAUCAGAACUUCCGCUAUCUCUGUGAGAGAUCGUGCUCAUGCACUCAGGGAAUGGUCCACCUCUUUCGACCAAGAACUUGUGCGUCGGGUGGGUGCUGCCGUUGACUCCACUCUAGCUGUCCUGGAUAGCAUCCGUGAUCUAGGAUUACAAGAGAUCGGUAUGCGCUGGGCAUGGAUGGAUGGUGUCACCUACAAGGAUUGGGCGAAAUACCAUGCCCUGAAGGCCCAACUCGAAGAUUGGCGCAACGAGAUCCAGGAGGUCGGCACACAACAUAAGUCGGUGCCCGAGGCCAGAGCCGUGGCAAAUGACAUAUUGGACAGCGGCAUGCAAGAGGCCGAACAGGCUGCCAAGGAGCUUGUUAGACUCAAGGAUGUGGGUCUCUGGAAGAUUGCUGCUCGUGAAGUUAGUGACAACUUUGACACUCGAACCGAUUCUCCGCCUCCGAGACCCAAGCCUCAGCAGGAGCCCGAAGAAUCGGAACCUAUCCCUGUUGAUUCGGAUCGCGAUGAGACCUCUGAGGAGGCCUCUGAAUCUGCUAGCCAGGAAGAAACCGCGUCAAUCACGGAUGAUGCUAUGGAGGACAUGGAUGAAACUCCGGAGACCGAAUCUUCACACUCGGUUGUUGCCGAAGAAGAGGAUCUUGAUGAUGAUGUUGAAUCCGUUAUGGAUGAUGUUGUAAUUGAGGAUCAGCCUUCUGCGAGACCAGCCUUUGGUGUUGCAGCUGCUGAGGUCGACUCUUACCGAGAGCCCAUCCUCGAUGACGAGGAUUCAGACACCUUGCAUAACCUGGCGAACAAGGCUGGCGACACUUACGCCGAAGCAAGCAAAGCUGUGAGCGAGGCUAUCUACGGUGCUUCUGUGACUCCUGGCGUUGGCGAGCAGGCAGCCUCAUUCGCCAGUGACCAGUAUUCUCAUGCAUGGUCUGCCGCAUCUGAGGUUCUUUACGGAACUCCUUUGAGUCCCGCUGAAAAGGUUUCCAGUGCUGCUUCUGAAAAGUACACUGAGGCUGUAGCGGCUGCCUCGUCCGUCAUCUACGGUACUCCAACACCGGUCAUUCAGUCUUUGGUAGGCGAGGCCAGCUCAGCAUAUGCUGACUCUACGGCUCAAGCCAAGAUUCUCUAUGACAUCGCGAAGUCUCAGGUUCUUGGCCAGAUGGCCCAGUCUAGCGCUCCCGCUCAUUCCCAGCUCCUUGAUUCUAUUGAGGCAGCUUACUCAAAGUCGGUUAAAUAUGCUACCGAAGAGCUGGAGUCGAAGCUUCGCGCUGUUCGACCUACUCCCGCGCCAUCCUCUGCAGGACCUCUAGCCCAGAUCUCAUUGAUCGCCUCCUCACGCUUGCAUCAGGGAAUCAGCCUGGCCUCUGAGCAACUAGCUCAGGCACGGGCAACAGCAUCGCCAACAACUGAUUCUGGCUUCCAGCCCUAUGUGCUCGAUGCUCAGCGUCGAUACUACGAGGCAGUCGGCUUAGCUCAUGAUCACUAUACUGCCUUUGUUUCUACUGCAUCCAAUGCAGUUUACGGUCCCACGCCAACCCCGGCUCCUAGAAGUUUCCAGGGACUCAUCGAGGAAGCCGGGUCUCAAUAUGAGCAAGUCUCUUCGUUGGCUUCCGCCAGCCUUGCCGCUGUUGUUGCUUCGGCCAGCUCCGUCAUCUCUUCGGCCGACGAUGGUAAAGCACAGGGUAUCAUUGAUGACGCUUCUUCGCGAUACAGCGCAGCAAUUUCCGCGGCUUCUGCCUCUCUGUCGUUGGCAUCCGCCUCGGCGAGCUCAGCGUUCUAUGGAACCACCCCAGGGCCUCUAGAGUCUCUUUCCAGCCAAGCAUCCGAGAACUGGGAGCAUCUAAUUUCCAAGGCUAGCGAGCAGAUUUAUGGUGCACCGACACCCUAUCUUCAACAAGUGGCGAAUAACCAGCGUGCGCACUUUGAAGCAGUGCAGCGAAUUGUUUCGGAUUUGAUCGUUGACAAGCAGCCGUCUUUCACUGAGAGUGUUUUGAGCAAGCUUCAAGCUGCAUACGAGACGCCUUACCCUACGGCCGCUGUUUCUUCUGCUUCUAGCUAUAUCAGUGAGACAUAUGAAACCGCAUCAUCGGCUGCUGCUGCGGCUAUCUCCGAUAUGCCAAGCAUGGAGGAUAUCAUGCAGAAUGCCAAUGAUCAAUUGCACGCUGCUGUCGAAGCGGCCAGUGUCGGGAUCUACGGAACUCCUAAGGGUUCUUUCGAACAGGCCACAGAUGCUGCGGCCGACGCUUACUCGACAGCAUCUGCUCAGGUGAGCAGCGCUGUAUAUGGCAAGGAAUCUAGUUACAUUGAUGUCGCCAAAGACGCCAUUGAGGAUAUCCAAUCCAAGGCCAGUGCCGCCAUCUAUGGUGAAGAGCCCAACGCAGUUGAAAGCGCCACUGCCCGUCUCGCCGGUGCUGUUGAAAACGCCAAGUCCCAGUUGGCUGUUCUUGCAGCAAGCGCCAGCAGUGUUGCAUCUGAGGCAGUUGAAACUGCUGCGUCACACGUGGAAGAUGCUACAAGCAGUUUCAAGAAUGCUGCAUCGUCGCUCAAGGACGAAUUGUGA